AACGGAAGUGAGCGCGCCGAACCGGUUGAAUUGACUGGCGGUCUGUUGGUGUCUGAUUGUCAGGGAAAUGAAAAGAAAACCAAAAGAGAAAUCGAGAAGCUGCCAUUUCUGAUGACUUAUUCAAAACGGAGGAGAAGUGCCAGGGUGCCCCAGAGCUUCUACUGAAGGUAUUUAAAUGUGAGUGACCACAGAAGAGACAAGACGUGUGAGAGGCAGACCAGCGUGGCUCCUUCGUUUGUCUGCUCUGGUGCAGAUCUUCAGUGGGAUAACUCAGAGCAAGAACCAGCAAGAGAACAAAGACUGGACCAGUCAGCCGCUCAGCAGAAAGCCAGUAGUCAACUGUGCGAACCCAUCAGGGUGAAGGAAACACACUUGCAUUCACUUACUGGCAGUGUGUUCUAUAGAAAGAAAAUCGCCAGCCCUGUGAAGAUGAAGUUCACCUGGAGAUGACUGGACAGAUCCACCAUCAAUCUGAGGGGCAAAGUCGCCAAAGAGCCAGACCUGCCACUACUUGCCCGUGGGUUUUCUUCUGUUGCUGUCCUCUGGACUCAUUGGCUAUCACCAGUGAAGCCCCUCAGUACUGUGGGGAGUUGAGGGAGGCUGGUGAGUGAAGGCUGACCCUUGAACAUUAAGGUACAAUAUGACAAGCAAGGGUUCAAUCUCAGACUAAACUAUGAAGAACAUUAAAGAAGAAGACUGUGACUGGGAGUCUGGGCAGCUGCAAGCAAAACCGGAGGAUUGUGAGUGGAGAUUAGUAGUCAUUGAAGAGGAGACCGAGCCAACAUCUCACACUGGUGACUUCAACAAAAGAGAAGAGUUAAACAGCGUCAAGGCAGAAGACGUUAAAUCAGAGUCUGUCUGUCAGCUUGUGUGUCCAGAUGAGAAGGGAACUGGAGCAGGCUGGACAGAGAGUGGACCUCCGUGUGUCCAGGUGAAGACCGAAGCUGUGGACUGUGAUGAGAAAGCAUCAUGUCCAAGGCAUUGUGGUGAAGAUCUCCAAGAAAGUGGAAGCUUGUCCCCAUCUUCACUUCUUCAAAGCUCACUUCACCGUAGACCACAGCAAAAUGAAAUUUUGGAAGAGCUGGCACCUGGAUCAGAGAUUUUGUUACUAGCCUCAUUGCCGUUCAGUGUACAGCCUCCUAUAACGAUAACAAAUGUAGACUCAAUUAAAACUCCACCACGGAUAUGUGAUACAGAUUCUGCAGAUUUGGAGGUCUGCCAGGAGUGGAGGAAAACCUUGAAACAGAAAUCUAAACCUAAAAGUAAGGUGACUGAUACAAGACAGAAGCCAUAUUGUUGUUCUGAAUGUGGCAAACGAUUUUUGCGAAGGAGUGGUCUACAUAUACAUUUAAGAAUUCACACUGGGGAGAAACCAUAUUGCUGUUCCGAAUGUGGCAUAAGAUUCACUGAUAAGAGUGGGCUUAAAAGCCACAUGACUACUCACACUGGGGAGAAGCCAUAUUGUUGCAUAGAAUGUGGCAAACAGUUUUCACAGAUGACCAAUCUUCGGUCUCACCAAAGAGUUCACACAGGGGAGAAACCAUACUGCUGUUCUGAAUGUGGCAAGCGAUUUUCUCAAAUGAGCAGCCUAUGUAAACAUUUGAGAACCCACACUCAAGAGAAGCCAUAUUGCUGUUCUGAAUGUGGCAACCGAUACGCCAGCAGGAGCAGUCUUCAGAUCCACACACAAUUUCAUACAGGAGAAAGACCAUAUUCUUGUUCCGAAUGUGGGAAGCAAUUCUACAGUAGUAGCAACCUUCAGAAACACACAAGAAUUCACAGCGGAGAGAAACCUUAUUGCUGUUCUGAUUGUGGUAAGCGAUUCUCACACAAAAGUAACCUAAAUAAACACACGAAAAUUCACACUGGAGAGAAGCCUUAUUGCUGUUCUGAAUGUAACAAAUGUUUUUCGCAAAUGAACACUCUAAAUAAACAUGCAAGAACUCACACUGGUGAGAAGCCGUACUGCUGUUCAGAAUGUGGCAAGAGAUUUUCACAGACAAGUAGCCUAAAUAAACACAGAAGAAUUCACACGGGAGAGAAGCCAUACUGCUGUUUAGAAUGUGGCCAGCGAUACGUCACCAGUUCCAGACUUCAGAAUCAUGCAAGAAUUCACACUGGAGAAAAGCCAUAUGCCUGUUCUGAAUGUGGGAAACUCUUCUCUAGCAGUUCCAAUCUUAAGGCUCAUGAAAGAAAUCACAGUGGAGUGAAACCAUAUUGCUGUUCAGAAUGUGGCAAAAGAUUUACACAAAUGGGCAACCUAAAUAAACACACAAGAAUUCAUACUGGAGAGAAGCCAUAUUGCUGUUCAGAAUGUGGGAAACAGUUCACGCGAAGUGACGCUCUCCAGAGCCACACAAGAAUUCACACUGGAGAGAAGGCAACGAGGCAAGAAUAGGAGGUGAAGAAAGGCAAGACUUAGGAAUCAACCUAUUUUCUGGUUAGAAGGCUUCUGAUGGUAGAAGGAUUUUAUGCACAAAGUCCGAACAAAAUAGCUGGAUUGCUCCAUUGAAAAAUACACAGAAAAUACAACCUGCCUGCGCCACAAAGACAGUGGGAGCAGACUCCAGACAGAGUCACACAAUAUGAGGUGGGAUGGCAAUUCCAACUGACAGAGAAGUAGAGGCCAGGAAAGCAGACAUCAUGAUUGAGAUCUCUGCAAACGGUUGCAUUAUUGGAGUAUCCAUCACAAGGGACUCCUUGAUACUGAGAAUGCAGAGACAAGAAGUAACAAAAUAUCAAGAACUCCAAUUUGAAAUAAGCCAGUUGUGCAGCAGAACAACUGAAAUGUUUCAAAGUGUUGCUGGGAUCAAUGGGACUAAUUCAUCUACCAAUCAAUGUAACUGUAUAUAAAAGCCAAACGGCAGUAUUAGUUUGUACAAAUCAGGUGCUACACAGAGUCCUGUCAGCCAAUUAAAUAAAAUAAAUAAUAGUAAUAAUAGUAGUACUAGAAGUGGUGUAAAUAUCACCUUCACUCCUGUCCUGACUCUAAGCACAGAAAGCCUUUCUUCAGACAUGAAACUUGGAAAAGUAAUUGAAAUUUUAAAAAUGGGUAAGAUUACAUGUACAGUGACAAACAUGCUGCUGUGCAACCUCGUGGAGUUUGGAAAUGUACCCUGGAUGGCUUAAAAGGGGCAAACUAAAACAGAGGAGCCGGCACACAGUUUGGUUCAAGGCAUUGAUAGAACAACAGAUGUUUUACCAACCAUAGCUAGAGUCAUAUCUGGUAGCCGUUUGCCAAGUCCUGAUGGCCGAUGGAUUAUACAGUGAGAGACGCAACAAAGUUAUCAGAUGGAAAAUAUAUUUUAAAAAUGUACAACACUGCAGUAUGAGAUGGGGGUUUGCUUUGCUGACAUCCAUAGAGUGUACUGCGUGCCGACGUCAUUCUUGCCGGUGGAUUGUACUAAGAGUUUGGUGCUGUGCUUUGUCUAUGUGUGAAAAUUAAUUAAAAUACACAAUUUGCUCCUAAAA